UUAAAAAUAUCAAUUGUGCAUGAAAAAGAUUGGAAAUUGGUAAAAGUUUGAGAUAGCAACAUCUUUCAAUAAGGUCAUAGUUUGGUAAUUGGUCACACCAAAAAUCAACAGUCAACUGAGCUAAACAGUCCAGGCCCAAAGAAUGACGAGUCUGUUUCAAUACUGUUGAGAUUUCAGAAGGAACUUCAAUGUGGAUUCUAUACUUGAAACAGUCAUUAAUGCUCUUUCAUUGUCCUUUGCUCUCUCUCUCCUUUUUUUCUUGGUUUAAAUAGGUUGUUGAUAACUAGGAAGUGCCAAGGAUUGGAAAUUCAACUUCCAAAGUUGGUAAAUUUCUUUUCCUUUUUCUUAUAGUAUUUUGUUUUACUAGUGGCUUGAAAUUUGUUUGCUUGUUAAAAAAUCUGAUGUUCCAAUUACUAUAUUUUUUUGCUUGUUCUCUGCAGAUUUGGUGAUGAAAAACAUUAGAGUUGGCAACAUAAGGAGAGAGACAUAAGUAAGGGAGCGUCGUUGAGGUGUUUUCAUGAUCAAGAAUUAAAGAGGACGGUUAGUGCCACUACCAGAUUGUACAGAAAGAGAUAUUAAGCUGAGGUUUGAUCCAACUUUAUUGUUAAAAGACUUAGAGCACAUAUUCCUCACUUGUUGGCUUCUUUUGGCAAGCUAACCUGAGUGGCAGCUGGAUCUGGAUUUGGUAUGUACUUUUACUUAAUUUUCUAUCAACCAAAUUUCUAUCAACUAUCUUUCACGUAAAUUUUCUUUCAUUCUGUCGAUGAACCAACUGCUAUAGAACCUUCCAGUUAUGUCACGUUUACUCAAAGUCCUUGGCUUAUAGGUGUUGAAGUAAUUUUAUUUUCCUUGGCUCAGAAAAAAUUUACAUCCAUGGAUGGCUUGGGAUGGAAUGGCUCAGAAGUUGUAGGAAACUCAAUGCUUGCUUGGAACAGUCAGCGAAAUGAUAUAGAAAACAGUUUCUUAAUUUUCAACUCAAAUUCUUCCAUGUAUGGUGGCAAGAUGGAUCUGCCGGAAGAUAUCUUCAAUCCAAUUCAAGAACUCCAAAAAGCUCAGCCAUCUCGUGUGAAUCCAGAUUCAGAUAUUUUAAGUGAAAUGAUUCCACAAUCAGUUUCUGAACUAGAUUUAGUAAACGUUGCCUCAAACUUUAAUAUGUUGCAGCGUCAAGCAGUAAGGUUUGCUGCAGAUACAAGCCUUAUGGAAUCUACCAAUUGGGGAGAUGCUUUCACACAAGAGUUGUGCUCUUCCCCUUUGAUGAAUAGUGCUUAUGGCUUAAGCACAUCAAAUGCUUCAAUUUCUGAUAUUGGCAUGGCAGUUCAUUCUCAAGUCAUUAAUGGUUUACGAAAUGGAAAGGCUGGUGCUACAACAACAGGCUCUCUUGAGUCUCUUGAUUGCUUUCUCUCAGCUACUAAUAGCAACUCUGAUACGUCAGUUGAAGAUGAUGGGAUUUCCAUGAUUUUCUCAGAUUGUACGAACAUAUGGAAUUUUGCUGCUAGCAGUGCAGUUUCAUCAGGAGAGUCCGAAAACAAUGGCUCAAAUACAGGAAGCAAAGAUUUCAAGUGCCCAAUGAAUGAGCUUGAUGAAACAGUGUCCCAGAGUUCUUCGGAUAGGUACAUCAAUAAUGGCAAACUAUCACAAACACAGACACAGCCGAUUUGUUCAAAGAGAGGCAAUGAUGAUCAGUUCAAAGUUGGUCUAAAUUGUAGUUACAUCAAUCUUCUUCAGACUGACUCUUCUGCUACAGAAGGUGGUUUUAGGCUCAUUCCUGAGAACCCACCGAAGACAAAGAAAGCCAGAUCAGAAAAGCGCCCUAGCUCAUCAAACAUCAAUUUUCAACAGCCAAGUUCGUCAGUGUCUUCUUCUAUUGAGGAACCUGAUUCUGAGGCCAUUGCACAAAUGAAAGAGAUGAUUUAUCGAGCUGCAGCCUUCAGGCCUGUGAACUUAGGCUUGGAAGUGGUGGAGAAACCAAAGAGGAAGAAUGUGAGAUUAUCAACUGAUCCACAAACUGUGGCUGCAAGGCAAAGGAGGGAGAGGAUAAGUGAGAGAAUUACGGUUUUGCAGAGGCUGGUUCCUGGUGGGAGCAAGAUGGAUACAGCAUCAAUGCUUGAUGAGGCUGCAAACUACCUAAAGUUCCUCAGGUCCCAAGUCAAGGCACUAGAAAACCUAGGCCACAAGCUUGACCCAAUGAGUUGUCCUCCUACCGACUUGCUUUCUCAUCUUUACCAUCCAAUUCCAACAACUCUCUCCCAAUGCAAACAGAUUUUCCACUCCUAAACCCUAAUCAUAUCCACCACUCACAGGAUUGAAAAAACUACUCCAAAACCAAUAAAAGAAUUCCUAAUAACGAUAUGGUUCCUUUUUCAUAAUCAUCAUCAUUUAAUAAUUCAUCAGUAAAGAUUAACAUGCAGAAAAACUUUUCCCCGCCUUAGAGCAAGUAGUACUAUAUUAGAAAACUCAUCCAAAUCCCUUGAUCAUCAUCAUUUUCAUCAUUACAUAUCUUCUGUAAUCUGGAGUUAAAAACUCUUGCUAAUGAUAGAUUUCCUGAUUAUCCCAUUAUUGUAUCCACUACCCAAGAGCAUAACGGGAGCCAUUCUGUUUGCUCUUUCCACUCCCAAAAUCAAGAUAAUUGGAGUGGAGCAGCAAAAAGAAGGGUGGAAAUAGCUUAGUUCUUGACAACCUUUUCUUAUGAAAAGGCUUAGCAAUUAUAGCACCUAUGAUUAAGAUCAAGGGCCAGAAAGGAAUUAUGAUCACUUUACUCUUGUUUAAUGUAUUUUACGUCCUUAAAAGCUUU